AGCCUACUCGAUGUCGCGUUCACUCUUUUAUGCUGUGUUAUUUUGCUGUCUGAAUGUUUUGAUCAGAAUCGGUAAAGGUCAAGAGGAUGAUCGAUAUGCAUCGUUUGGCAUUUUAUCAGACAACCGUGUGUCACCAGAAUUUGUGAAAGUUGCAUUGAGCGAAGUCUGGCAAGAAAAUCAAAGUAUUUUUCCAAACGAUAAUGUCACCAACUUCCCGUCAGUUUUGCGAGUCGUUGAUGGUGGCUUUAGCGUCAUAGAUCCGACUGAUCCGUCCGAUGUCUUGAUGAAAGUUUGUGGAAUGUUGACGUCAUCACCAGCCUUUGUGUUAUAUCUGACGAAUUGCAAUGUCGACGGAUCUGGCGUUUCUUUUCUGGCAAGCGCAUUACGGCUGCCAGUUCUAUGGAUUGCAACAGUACCGGGACGUCAAUGUAGAAACAAGAACCAGAACCAAAUGAAGUAUUCCGAUACCAUUGACAACCCAUAUUUUAUUGAAGCACCGAUACAACCCUUUGCGAUGCCAAGAAAGAAGAGACGGAUACCGGGUUUCAUCACGAAUUCGGACGCUAGUACAGAUUCUUAUACAGAACAAAAAAUAUUUUGGGAAACAGAAGAUCAAUUGGUAGUUGGUAAAUUUUUUGCGAGUUUUCAAUGGACUCGGUUGAUAUGUCUGUAUGACUACAGUUUUGAUUUCUCCAGUUUACAAAAUGUCCUGGAACAUCUCGGAAGCAGAAUGAAAAGUGUGAUUGUACAGAAACUUCCAAUGAAUCCACUAAAUGGUCAAUUUUUUGUAAAGUUAUCAAAGAAUUUAAUAAAUGAUAUUCUACGGCAAGUGAACUGUCCUGACUCUCAAAACUGCAACAACAAAGUGGUAUUUGCCAUAUUCUGCAGUGAACGAACCACAAAAAGAAUUAUCAUCGACCUGCUUCCUUUCUUUCACAACAAACGUGUUCAUUUCUACAUUGUAGACGUUGGCUGGAAAAAGAACUUCUUGAAUGGAGUCUUGUACAGCAGAGAAUUCACGAUUAUAACUAAAAAAGAAAAACAAUCAUCUCGACAAUCAUUGACUUACAAUGAAAACCUGAAGUAUUUGAAAGAUCAGUUCAAAUAUACAUUGAGUGCUGUAUCGAAAGUUAUUCUCAACAUUGUACCACCAGUUCUCAUGACAGACGCCAACAUGACUUGCUCAGAAGGACAGUUUUACCCUGAAAUGCAAGCGAAUGAAUUCGUGGAUGCUAUUCGUAAAGAGCUUGGAGUGAUCAAUAAACUCGAUAAUCGCACUGUGAUAUCUGGCAACCGUAGUUAUGACUCCAGUGAAGAUGGCGACGUGACGUACCUGAACACAGACGUGUUACGUUCGUCAAAAAUAUCAAAGAAUGAAAUAUUUCAAGAUAAAGAAAGUGAAUUGGAACUACGUGGAUUAUCUUCAAGAGGGCAGUUUGAAGUCAAAAGUUUGAUCGAUGCAAUAGCUGAGAAUGCUAAAGUUUGGGAAGACGAAUCGGAAUUUCAACCGUCAUUACAAAGUAUAAACAUGACCGCAACACUGCAAUAUGACCCAUAUCAAAUCCUUUCUGGAAGGACGCUUCGUGUGGCUACAAUCGAGGACCCACCGUUUGUUAUGGCAAAACGCGGUCAAAAAUCUGUUGAGUUUUAUGGAUUUUCCGUCAGUGUGUUGGAUGCCCUCGCAAACAAAAUCGGAUUCAAAUAUAAAAUGUACGAAGUUCCUGAUAGAAAGUACGGCUCAAUUGUGAACAAUUCGUGGAAUGGAUUAGUUGGUGAAUUAGUUUCAAAGAAAGCCGACCUUGCUAUUUCGGCUAUGACGAUGACACCUCGCAUGGAGCAGUACAUCGAUUUUACGGCUCGUUAUAUGGACUUUGGCUUGGGUGUUUUAAUGACGAAACGGCAGGACACAAAUGAAAUAUCCCUGUUUACUUUUCUCCGACCUUUCCACAGCCUGGUAUGGUACUGCAUUCUAGGUGCUUGGUUUAGUGUGUCUGUAUUGCUUUUUGUUUUAAAUCGAGUAUCGUCAGAACCGCGCCAGCACCGAAAAGGAAGUCUUCAUCAAGUGUCUUUACGAGAUACUUUCUGGUCUGUGUACAGCACACUACUUCAGCAAGGUCCAGGAAUGAACUAUAUGUCAGUUUCAUCUCAAAUUGUGACAGGAAUUUGGUGGUUUUUCGUUUUAAUAAUUUUUUCAUCUUAUCUCGCUACUCUGACGUCUAACCUUACAUUAACAAGGAUGGGAUCAGACGUUCGAUCGUUUCUAGAACUGGUCAGUCAGACAGACAUGAAUUUCGGAACAGUGCGAGACUCUUCCAUAUACGAUUCUUUAGUGUCCAGAAGUAUAGACGACAAUCCGAUAUGGCAAAGGGUACGGGACGUAGUCAAUGAAACUAACUCAGUUUUUGCUGUAGAAGAUGGAAUUCGUCGCGUGAAGGAAAGUAAAGGAAGUUACGCAUUUUUGUGGGACAUAGCUGUGAUCGAAUACGUUAUUAACUCUGAUCCCUCGUGUUCGUUUUCAUCCAUUCAAGAAUUCAUCUUUGAGAAAGGUUAUGGAAUAGGAGUCCAGAAAGAUGAUCCUAUAAAAGAUCCGCUAUCACUUGCAAUUCUUGAACUACAAGACGAAGGUGUGAUCAACACUUUAAAGUCACGCUGGUGGAAGGGUUCAGGAUGUUUCACUCGACCGAACCCCCUCUCACCAACUGAAUCAAUCAGUCUUCAUCGAUUUUCUGGUCUAUUUUGCAUUCUCGGUGGCGGUAUGGUGAUUGCCAGUUUAGUCGCAAUUUGUGAAAUCUGCAUCAAUGCAAGGCGAGAUAAACGCGCAACAUCCAAGGCUGCCUACACAAUAAAGGAUUCUGAAAAUGGAACUACAGAUACCGAUCCACUACUUCAGCGGACUUCUUUUCAUCCUAACGUAACAUUUGAAAGAACGAAGGACAAUUCUAUAAGAAUCGUUAUAAACGGGACGCAAGAUAAGAGCAAAUAUUCGACAAGUAUUCGAAACUCCAACCACUUAACGAAUUGCAACGAGACGAAGACUGUUGAAGAUUUGCAAGAGAAAGUAGAAAAUCAGACAAGUUGUGAGAAUCGCAAUGGAAGUCGAAAGUCUAACGGAUACGUUGUCUCGGUUCCAAGUCCUUUUAGAAAACGAAAGAAAUUUCAAAAGCAGAAAAAGACCUAUUCCAUUUCAUGAAGAUUUACACGAAUGCUGCUAUAGAUCAUUCUAUGUUAGCUGUACUAAUGAUAUUAAGACCAUGUGAAUAUUAUUCAACUUGCAGUAGUGCGUAUUGAAUGGCCAUAGACAUGAAUUCUUGACGAUAUAAUUGCGUACCAGAUUGUAUUGAAAACAUACUGGUACAACGUUUUGCUCUUUUACUGGUACUCCAGAAGUAUGUGAACCAAGAUGGCGCACACCGGAACGUAGUAUGUGUACAAGGUUAGGGUCAGGCCAUAAUUACGAGUCCCCGAACUCGUAAUAGAACUAAAAUAAAUCUAA